UUAGAAUUUGAAGACUCAUCCUCAUCCCUUCUUCUUUUAUCUUUUCAAAUCUUCCUUCCACUCCUUGCAAUGCAAGAGAUUGAAUCUGUUCUUCAUGUACAGUUUACUCAUUCGGGCGGUUGCUAGUUUCCAAACUUAUUCUGUUUUCAUGGUUUUCGUUUACAGCAGCAGAAGAGCAACAAGAGCUGCUUGAGGCCAAAUUGUCAUCUCUGAUAUAAUAAUCAGCACAUUCACCAAAUCCAGACUCCACAUGAAGCUCCAAUACUUUCCGGUAGUCGCUUCCGUUUUUUUCCUACUGCCUGUUCUUCCACUGAUUGCUAGUGAUUUAAACUCCGAUAGACAAGCCCUCCUGGACUUUGCUUCUCUUGUUCCGCACACCCGAAACCUCAACUGGACUUACAAUACCUCAAUCUGCACCUCUUGGUUGGGAAUCACUUGUAAUGAAAAUGGAACAAGAGUUGUUUCCAUCCAUCUCCCGGGCUUCGGUCUAUUUGGCGCCAUCCCUUUCAAUACGAUUGGAAAGCUAGACGCGCUCGGAGUCCUAAGCCUCCGGUCCAACCACUUAAAUGGCAACCUCCCUCCUGAUAUUCCCUCCAUUUCUACCCUUCAAUCCAUUUAUCUUCAGCACAACAACUUCUCUGGUGAAAUCCCAAAUUUUCUCUCCUCCCAACUUAGUGUGCUUGAUUUUUCAUUCAACUCCUUUAGUGGCAAUAUACCAACCUCAUUAACGAAUUUGCCACGACUCAAGCGACUGAAUUUGAGCUAUAACACACUGAUUGGCCCAAUCCCAAAUCCCCUUAGGAAGUUUCCAAUAUCUUCAUUUGUGGGGAAUUCUUACCUCUGUGGUCCUCCUUUGCCUUAUUGCUCUACAAUCACCCUUUCUCCUUCUCCUUCUCCUUCCACUAUGGACAUUUCAUAUCCACCAGAAGUCCUUGGAGACCAAAAUUCUGGCUCCGAUACGAAACUCAAGCCUGUUGGUAUCAUGUCUAUUGCAAUCGGGGGCUCUUCGAUACUAACUCUCUCAAUUAUGGUGUUCUUCUUCUGCUGCUUGAAGAAGGAAGACAGUGAAAGUAGUGGUAGUUUUCCGAAAGGAAAGGCGGAACACGAGGAGAAGAACGAGUUGAUCUUUCUUCCAGGACGUUCCUAUACGUUUCAUAUGGAUGAUUUGCUGCAGGCUUCGGCUGAAGUUCUCGGGACUGGCAGUUAUGGAACAACAUACAAGGUUUGGUUGUAUGAGGGAACUGCGGUGGUGGUGAAAAGGUUGGGGGAAGUUGGGGCUGGAAAGACGGAAUUCGAAGAGCAGAUGGAGAGCAUAGGGAGGCUCAGGCAGCAUCCUAAUGUUGCGCCCCUCCGCGCUUAUUACUUCUCCAAGAAUGAGAAAUUACUAGUCUUCGAUUACGCCUCGGGGGGAAGCCUGUCAGUUCUCUUGCAUGGUAACAAUGGCUUAGGAAGAACUCUGCUGGACUGGACCUCGCGGUUGAAGAUUGCACUUGGAACAGCCAAGGGAAUCGCCCACAUCCAUUCCCAGGGAGGCCGUAACUUCACCCACGGGAACAUCAAGUCCACCAACGUUCUCCUCUCCCAGUUCCAGGACAGCUGCGUAUCCGAUUUUGGCUUGACUCCACUGUCAAUAUCCCUUUCCACCACACCUUGCGCUCCUGGAUACCGUGCUCCAGAGGUGAUCAAAACCCAAAAAGUCACCCAAAAGUCCGAUGUCUACGGCUACGGUGUCCUCCUCCUUGAGAUGCUGACAGGACGGGACCCACUCAACUCCUCGGAGCAAGGUGACGGGGUUGAUCUGCCAAUGUGGGUCCGGUCGGUUGUCAGGGAGGAAAGGACGGCUCAGGUCUUCGACGCGCAGCUGAAUGGGUACCAGAUUAUAGAACAAGAGAUGUUGAAAAUGCUUCAUGUUGCACUUUCUUGUGUUGCUGAGGCACCGGAGGUGAGGCCGACUAUGAGUGAAGUUGUUGGGAUGAUUGAGGAAUUUUGGAAACCUGAAAUGCACAAUAAGAAACCAUCUUCAGGCAAUAAGAAUCCAUCCUCAGGCAGUAAGAAACCACCCUCUUAGAAUUCCACAAUUCGGCGUCCUUAGAUGAAGACAUGGACAUGGUAAUGCAUCCUCAAAGUCGCGGUUUUGUGUAUGUGUGUGUGUUUUCUCUAUCAAGUAUGAGGAAAAUGUUUCGCAAACAGAAUUUGUCGUGCGAAAAAUCGAGUUCCAUUUCUAGUGUCCAAUUUAUGGAUUUGGGUUCUUUUAGAAUUUAACAUUUGAGCUUUU